AUGACAUCACUGAGGAUGAGAGGGCAAAGCUACAGUGCGGGACAAGCAGGGGGGGAAAGGGCGCUAUCACACUCGUCAGGACGAGAACACAUGCACUCCACAAGAAGCCAGGCGCCUUCGGACCGUCAGUUACGCUACAAAGAAAAAGUGACAGAGCUCAGACGAAAGAAGAGCACUACUCCAAACAAGGAGCACAAAGACAAGCACAUUGAUCAUCGUCCGAGCCACGCCAGCUGCAGAGAACCUCUUUUGGAGAACAUCACCAGUGACUAUGACCUGGAGCUGUUCAGGAAGGCACAAGCCCGAGCCUCAGAGGACCUGGAAAAGCUGCGACUUGCAGGCCAUGUGUCUGAGGGCGGCAACAUGAUAAAGACCAUAGUGUUUGGUCGAUACGAGCUGGACACCUGGUAUCACUCCCCUUACCCAGAAGAGUACGCUCGUCUGGGGAGGCUCUACAUGUGCGAGUUCUGCCUCAAAUAUAUGAAGAGUCAGACCAUUCUGCGCAGACACAUGGCCAAAUGCGUGUGGAAGCAUCCUCCAGGUGACGAGAUCUACAGAAAGACCAAUAUCUCUGUGUUUGAGGUGGAUGGCAAAAAAAACAAGGAGAAGAACUCUUUUCUGAACUACAACGUGUCAUGUAUCUUGACCAUGCCUCAGUACAUGCGGCAAGGCUACGGCAAGAUGCUCAUUGACUUCAGUUACCUCCUGUCUAAAGUCGAGGAAAAGGUGGGGUCCCCGGAGCGGCCCCUGUCGGACUUGGGCCUCAUCAGCUACAGGAGUUACUGGAAGGAGGUUCUACUGCGAUAUCUCAACAACUUCCAGGGCAAAGAAAUCUCCAUCAAAGAGAUCAGCCAGGAGACUGCGGUGAACCCGGUGGAUAUCGUCAGCACACUGCAGUCGCUCCAGAUGCUCAAGUACUGGAAGGGAAAGCACCUGGUGUUGAAGAGACAAGACCUGAUAGACGACUGGAAAGCAAAGGAAACCAAACGUGGAAACGGAAAGACUAUUGACCCCACAGCCUUAAAGUGGACGCCUCCAAAGGGAACGUAG